AUGAAACAAAAGCAAUCGAUUCCCUCCCCUCCCCCACAACCAUUGCCCAUUUACAAUUCCACAUAUCCACCUCCAACCCCAGAUGUAGAAAACAUUGAACCCUUAAAAAUGUCUACCCCAGACCCGCAAACCCACCCACCAACAGACAUCCCAAAACGCAAACCCGUCCCUCCACCACCUCCGCCACCAGCUCCAGCAGCAUUUCCAGCGAUUGACGAGGACAAACUCGAACCCCACCCCCAAACCGCCAAAUGGCCUCCAGCAAAAUGGACCCAACUCCCCCGAAAGAAAAAUCGCCUCAUCCUCACCUCAAUCGCAAUCGCCAUAUGCCUCCUCGCCCUUAUAAUCGGUCUCGCAGUCGGUCUCACCCGGCAUUCAAAUCGAAACCUCCCCCUCCCCACAACCAGCGGCGGCCCGUACACCGGCGACCUAACAUACUACGACCCGGCGCUAGGCUCGUGCGGAAUAACGAGUUCCAAUUCGGACUUGGUCUGUGCGGUAUCGCAUAUUCUCUUUGAUGCUGCGUCGACGGGGUCGAAUCCGAAUGCGAAUCCGCUUUGUGGGAUGAAGGUCAGGGUGAAGAGGGGGGAGGCGAGUGUUGAUGUUACGGUUGUUGAUCGGUGUACGGGAUGUGCUGUGAAGGAUUUGGAUGUCAGUCGGGGGGUUUUUAAGAAGUUGGCGGAUUUGGAUCUGGGACGGGUGAGUGUUGACUGGGCUUGGCUGGAGGAGGCGCCUGUUUCUGUGAGAUGA